CCAGACGCACGGAAAGAAGCGGCGCUGGGCGACUCUGCAUCCAUCCUCGCCGCUUUCGCUGCGCCCACUGCGUCUGCCAAGAAAGCUAACCCCUGAUCUGUGGUACCUGGCCAAAAGCUGGUGCACGUAGCCAUGGAGCUUCACACCUGCCUGGCCCUGGACUUGGGGAAGUUGAAGGGAGAUGAAGGAGUGUGAGUGUGACUGCUGCCCCCAUCUAGGAGAUGGACAAGAUGGGACUUCUGUGGUGUGUAAUGAGUCUCUACUUCUAUGGGAUCUUGCAAAGUGAUGCCUCGGAACGCUGCGAUGACUGGGGACUCGAUACCAUGAGGCAGAUCCAAGUGUUUGAAGAUGAGCCAGCUCGCAUCAAGUGCCCACUCUUUGAACACUUCUUGAAAUAUAACUACAGCACAGCCCAUUCAGCUGGCCUUACUCUGAUCUGGUAUUGGACUAGGCAGGACCGGGACCUUGAGGAACCAAUUAACUUCCGCCUCCCGGAGAACCGCAUUAGUAAGGAGAAAGAUGUGCUCUGGUUCCGGCCCACCCUCCUCAAUGACACGGGCAACUAUACCUGCAUGCUAAGGAAUACCACAUAUUGCAGCAAAGUUGCAUUUCCUCUGGAAGUUGUCCAAAAAGCUAGCUGCUUCAAUUCUCCCAUGAAAAUCCCAGUGCAUAAACUAUAUAUAGAAUAUGGUGUUCAGAAGAUCACUUGUCCAGAUAUAGAUGGAUACUUUCCUUCCAGUGUCAAACCAGCCAUCACUUGGUAUAUGGGAUGUCAUAAAGUACAGGACUUUCAUAAUGUGGUACCUGAAGGCAUGAACUUGAGUUUUCUCUUAGCCUUGUUUUCAAAUAAUGGAAAUUACACAUGCGUUGUUACAUAUCCAGAAAAUGGGCGUGCAUUCAAUCUCACCAGGACUCUGGCUGUAAAGGUGGUAGGCUCUCCAAACUCUGCAUUGCCCCCCCAGAUCCACUCACCCAAUGAUCUUGUGGUCUAUGAGAAAGAACCAGGAGAGGAGCUGCUCAUUCCCUGUAAAGUCUUUUUCACUUACCUGAAGGACUCUCGCAAUGAGGUCUGGUGGACCAUUGAUGGGAAAAAGACAGAUGACACCACUAUUGACGUAACUGUUGAUGAAAGUGUGAGAGUGGCUGAACUGGAAGAUGAAACAAGAACUAUGACUCUGAGCAUCAAGAAAGUUAGUGCUGAAGAUCUCAAACGCAACUAUGUUUGUCAUGCUAGAAAUGGCAAAGGGGAGGUUGAGCAGCCAGCCAAGGUGAAACAGAAAGGUAAUGGAUGCAUGGCCUCAGCGGAGGAUCUGGGAACUCUGACGUAACGUUUUGGUGACUAAGGAAAGGAGAAGAAAUUGAAAACCUGGGCACCGGCACUUACCACAACAUCUACCACAUAGUCAUGAAUCAAAGUUGAAUGAAAAAUCUUGAGGGAAAUUUUCAUCUAUGCAAAUAUAUUCAAAAUAAUUUUAGUAAUUAAUGCCUGAAUGUGGCUAAAAAAAAUCCAUGCUUAUGAUAAUGAGGCAUGAUUUCCUAUCUAUAUAAUUAUGAAAAUGAAAAAUAAAGGAAAUAUUCAAGGCUACCAAAGAUAUAAUAAAAGAGUCACAUGUUGUUAGUGAAUUGUAAAAACCCUUUUAGAAAUCAUUGCUGGCAGAGUUCAAGAGUCAUAAAAAUGAUCAUAUUCUAUGACUUAGUGUUUUUGAAAUUUUUCAUGAAUAAAUAGCAGAAAUAAUUAUGGCCCCAAUCAAUAUUCUUAGCAUUAGCUAUAAUAAUGAAACAUAAGUAGCUACCAUCUACUAGUAAUUGUAUGCAAGUAAAGUGAAAUGUAAAAUAUUUAUAAUUGGAAAUAUAAUUUUAAAAUGAUCACUUUAAACACUAUAUAUCAGUAUUCAAGUGAGUUUAUAAUAUACCAUUAGCCACAAUUGCUAACACAAAAUUAUUUAAACUAUGACUUAAAAUGAUGUAAAAUGAUUUCUAUGUUGAUAUACUAUAUUUUUCUACAAUAAAUGAAAAUUAUGAAGCUUUCUUGUGUGAGCUGUUGCUCCUGAAACAGAACAUGUUUAAAAUAUUUUUUGUUCUUUCAUAAUAACAGACAAUUAAUACCUUCAAGAAUGUUUUUUCAAUAAUCUGGAGGCAGAUAAUGAUGAUUUAUCACACCUGCAACCAAGUCAUUCGGAAUUAUUUCGGAUCCCCUUGUUAG